AUGCCAUUGAUAGCAAUGUUCGUUAAAGCUGAGAUGGAGGGAGUGGAGCGAUUGGUCUUUCCUAGUGAUGAAACCUGGAAGCUUGAUGUUCAACAAUCUGGCGGAACGGAAAUCCGAGAGGGCAUCACCAUUGACCCCACCAACGAGGAGGAGAUCCCCAACAGCAAAGGGACUGCUAACUUCCUGAUCAAGUGGGAGGGUGCCAAGGCUCCAUCGUCAAUCAGCGUGAUGACGCCCUCCAGAUCUACGCCAAUCAAAGAUAAGGAUGUGAAGGAUAAGACUCUUGGGGAGUAUUCGGAGGGAGGUGUGAUGCAACCCGUGGCAGUCUUCGACUGUCGAGGAGCUGAGCCAGUAAAGUGGUAUCCUCUGGGAGUCACUGUGGAAACAAGUUGGGGCAAGUUUGAGAACGUGGACCUGUCGGAUCCCGAUGGCUGGAUGGAGUGCAGCGAGAACGGUGACACCGCCACAGUCGCUGAUGUCCAGUUUGAGUUCCGAGUGGUGAAAUGCUUCUCCCGCUGCAUUUUGCAAGUCGUGAAUCUGCUUGGGGACGCAGACACCACGGGUGCGGUUGCUGGGCAGAUGGCUGGAGCCUUGUACGGAUGGCAAGCCGUUGCCGGCGAUGAAUGGGGGUGCUCCCGCCUUUUCGAAGUGCAGUGUUGGGAUCCAUACGCAGAAAUUGGUGUUCGAGCUGCGCUCCUGUACCAUCUGUUUCCGGCCGGAAGAGAGGUCCAACUGUGCCAGCGCGAGGGGCAUGCAACCAUUCGUGUCUUCGAUCAUCCCAGCGAACACUCCCGAUCACUUGUUGGGGAGAUCAAGUCUGAGACACGUGUGCAGCAAAGGAGCUUAUUCGGGAAUUUCGCGAAGGUCAUGGGAAAGGAUCUCUACGAUCAGGAUAUCUGCGGUUGGGUUGGCAUCAAGAACGUGCAACCAGUUGAUGAGAAGUGGGACUUCAGCGAAGAAGGCUCCGACGACAAUGCCCCACCAGAUGAUGUAUAUGCUUCUGCAGCCAGGAGUGCCGUGCCUCAAAGCACAGGGCAAGAGAGAGGAUCCGCCUCAAGACGGUCGUUGACAACGCCUCCGUCUCCGCUUGGAGCUCGUGGCUACCCUGCCUAG